AUGACGACCAUUGAAGAAGUAAACGAGAAAAUCAUGGCUAUUGAAAAUAAAAUUGAAGCAAUCGAAACGACACUCGGGUUCGAGCAGGGGAAGGACCUUCUCACCUCGCUCUACACCAACCUAGCAGAGCUCCGGAAAGAAAAAAACGCUCUGUUAGGACAGACAGGUAAAAGGAAGGGUGAAUGGGAACAGAGUUUACAAACAACUAAGAGAUACAUUCCCCAUAUUAAAACUGAAGGACCAGUCAACUGGCAUAGUGAUAUUGUUGUCCCACUGUCAAUGAUUCCUCUGUAUACCAAAGUUAAAUCAAUACUAUGUGAAGGUGGUUAUGUCCUUCUUCAUGGGCCUUGCCAGUAUGGAAAGACUUCAAUAGCAGAUGCUCUCUGUGAGGACAAUGAUCUCAGUGAAUUGGCACAUGUAUGCAUCUACACUCUAACAAAUGUUACUCAACAUGAUUCUUCAAGUGACUUUUGGUAUUCAUUUGCUAAUGGCAUUGUUGGCAGUUUGCAAUGUGGAUGUGAGCAGAUACUAGUUGGGUGUUGUUGGCAAAUGCUGCAUCAAAGGUGA